CGGAAGUUUCCCAGCUCAAGUAUGUCUGCGCCCUUAGUUAUCCCUACGUCCUGUGUGUAGCUAUAGUCAAUUACAAGUAACGCAAAAUUAAGUGACAUUUCGACUGCCUCAUGCCUCCCCUUGUACUAAUGUCCGUUAUCAGACGAAGUAAGACGCUUACGCAGGCUGUUCGUUAUGCUGUCACUUCUGCAAAUGCACAGCCUUCACCUGUGGUGGAAGUAGAUACAGAAGAGAAUGAGAUUAUUAAUCCAAAUUUUACCAAUCGAAAUCCUCGAAAUUUAGAGCGGCUAGCACUAGCAGUAAAAGACCGUGGCUGGGGAACAACAUGGCCUUCUCGACAGUAUUGGCAUAGACUACGGUUUGAACGGUCCCAACACCAUGUGACUGCCUUUGUGGAACAUUGUAAUGGGAAUGUGGUGGUCUCUGCCUCCACUCGUGAGUGGGCAGUAAAAAAACAUCUCUACAGCACAAAGGAUGUCAUGGCCUGUGAGAACAUCGGUCGCGUGUUGGCUCAGCGAUGUCUAGAGGCAGGGAUCAGUUACAUGGUGUUCCAUGAAAUUCCCUGGGUAUUUCGAUCUGAGGCAGUGCAGCGAUUUCGAAACGCAUUGAAACAAGGUGGAGUGGUAUUAAAUGAGCCACGUCGGAUUUACCAGUGAUAGAUGAUAGUGAUGGCAUAUGGCGUAUUCUUUCUACAAAUAUAUACAUAUGUGUGUAUAUUGCAAACUAUGCCAGGGUUUUCUUUGAUCCAUUGAUGCCUUCCUUACUGCGAAGUGAAUUUAUUACUUCAACAGUAUAUUGUCCUACUUAAUCUAUUGGCCGUUCUGUCCAGGCUUUAAAAUCGAAUGUAUCCUUAAGAACCCUGGAAGCAUUGUAAGUCCAAACAGAAAAUAUUGUAAAUUAUAUCACAGAGGGGUUAGAAAUGAUUUAUGAAAGCACUGUGUACUACUAGAUCUGGAGAACUCUGAAAAAGCACAGCUUCUAUGCACAAAAGUGAUAAAUCAGCUGCAUGUUUUGGCUUGAGGCAGUGCCAACUCCCCUUUAUUCAAACAAUAAAAGUAUUAUUUACAUAAAA